AUGGCUGUUAAAGAAAUGGCUAUGACAUCAUCGGUGGAGGAGAACAAACGCGUCCUGAUGGAUCUGGAAGUGGUACUGGGCUCACAUGAUUGUCCACACAUCGUGCGAUGUUACGGAUGCUUCAUUACUGAUUUCGAGGUAUUAAUCUGUAUGGAAUUAAUGGCGACUUGCUUGGACAAACUUUCGAAGCGUGUUAAGGGUGGCUUUCCGGAGGAUAUUCUUGGUAAAAUGGCUGUUUCUAUCAUCAAAGCACUGGAUUAUCUGAAAAAUACUCAGCUGUGCAAUGCGGAAAAAGCAUAUUGA